GAGAAGGCAGCCUCCUGUUCCGACAUGGUAACGCGGGGCUGCGCCUUUGGAUGGAUGCGCCCUGUUCGGUGUUGAGAUGCUAGGUUUUCUUUGGGAACUAACACUCACGCUGCUCUGUGUUGUCCCGCACGAAGGAUGGGCCAGGCACCCCGUGAAUGAGAAAAGACUCAGGCUCGCUUCACCAGUUUGAUUUGGUGACUGGGGUGUUCGACGCUAGCGGAGAGGACAGCGGAGGUAGAAGAAAGUGUGACCACUCUGUACGAAUACUUUUAUUAACUGCUGUGCUGAAUACGCUUGAAGAACCUUGCUGUGAGAAUUUGUGAGGACUUGUUCAACACACUUCCUGCAUUGAAGACACAAUGAGCUCCAUAAAAUGUGUUCUUGUGGGUGAUGUAAAGGUGGGGAAAACAGCAUUGCUGGUGAGGUUUACUUCAGAGACUUAUCCAGAUGUUUACAAGCCCACAGUUUAUGAUAACACCGGAGUGGAUGUGUUUAUGGAUGGAACUCAGAUCAGCCUGGGACUCUGGGACACAUCAGGAAAUGACUCAUUUCAAGGGAUCCGACCUCUUUCUUACCAGCAAGCCGAUGUGGUGUUAAUCUGCUAUUCUGUAGCAAACCCCCUGUCAUACUUGAAUGUUAGGAAUAAAUGGGUGCCAGAAGUCAGAAACUUUCUACCAAAGACCCCAAUAUUGGUGGUGGCCACACAAAUAGACCAACGAGACGUGGCGACUUUUCGCACCAUCACAACUGUUGAUGGUAAGAGGCUGGCAAAAGAGAUUAGAGCACAGCAUUACCUAGAGUGUUCAGCCAUUACUAAUAGAGGAGUCCAAGAAGUGUUUGAAUGCGGAGUGAGGACUGCUGUUAGAUAUAUAAAAAAGCAAAGCAGGAAGAAGAUCAUAGACCUCAAUAACUGUGUGAUAGCCUGACUACUUCGACUUGUCUGAUACAGUAAUUUUAAUUGUUUGAUUGCCAAGUCUUCCAACAGUUGCAAACUGUCAUCAACAAAACAUUCAAGCUGGCUGCACUCAUCGUGGUAUCUGGGCUUAUUUUGUAUCUUGUCCAUUUAUGAUCCUUAGUAGUAAGGCUCUGAUUAACAUCUGCUGGAGUUCCUAAAUCCAUUAGGAAAGCUCAUGAACAAUAUAUCUGAGAGGAACAAACUUCAGAUUUGACUGACGUGGUAGUUAAUCGCUAUGGAAAGAUGUCUGGCAAUCUCAUUUUGAAUUAUAAACUGCAUUUAAUUUGAACUAUACAGAGCACCAUGCCUGACAUCUUAAGGACGAAGAUAGUGUAUUAAUGACUUGCUAACCAGCAGUCGGAUGAAAUCCCACUGUGCACACAGGGAAUUUAAUCUGGAAGUAGUCUCAGUAUCAGGAGUUAUGAAAUGACUGGAUUAUCAUAAAACCCUUCUGGUUCACUAAUGCCUAUUGGAGACAGUCUGCCAUCCAGGCCCAUCAAUCUAGCUGCCUCAGUUCACGGACAGUAAGAGAUGGACGGUAAAUGUCAGCAUUGCCAGUGAUACUCACAACUUGUGAAGAAAUACCUACAAAAGCAUUUUAUAUAAGACUAUACUUAGCACUUUCUGUAAAGUGCGCCGAUAGUAGAAAUCCAUACUGAACUACUGGUUAACUGUUCAUUUUUGUUGACUAAUAUUUAAUAAUUUUAUACUUCAUCUUUUUUCUCUGAUCUUUGGAAAUAGAAUUACUGGUUUAUCAUUUACUUUGUAAUGCUAUUCCAUCUGUUUACAGAAUACACAUGAAUAAAUUAAUUGAUUUUAGCUAA